CGACCGUACAAGAAACCGGACGCUCGUUAGGCGUGAGCCUGUUUUCGUCCUUGAACCUGGCAUGUCCUGACCUAGACAACCUUCGAGAUGUACACUUUGCUCAGUGGUCUUUGGUCGUGUCUUUCCAAAAGGGAUGAGUAUUCCAUCCUAAUUUUGGGCCUUGACGGGGCUGGCAAAACGACCUAUCUAGAACGAACUCAGAUUACUUUCGUUCCGAACUACAGAUCCCUUCCACUUCAGAAGAUUACGACCACUGUUGGACUUAACAUCGGCCAUAUAUCUAUCGGAGGUCUCCGACUUAAAUUCUGGGAUCUCGGUGGACAAGAAGAGUUACAAUCCUUAUGGGACAAAGUGGCUUUCUUUUUACCAUUUCAACUUUUUGUACAGUAUUACUCGGAGUCACAUGGCUUAAUUUACGUAAUCGAUUCCACGGAUGUGAGCCGCUUUGAUGAAUCUCUGGAGGCGUUCGACAAAAUGAUCAGGAAUCCAGCGUUAGAGUCAGCUCCGCUGCUUAUACUCGCCAACAAACAAGAUGUCAAGAAUGCAUUUCCAGUUGGUGAAAUGAACAAAGUGCUUUGUGACAGUAUGCGCUUCGUCGGUCAACGCGACUGCACAAUUCGAGGCGUGUCCGCAUUGAGAGGAGAUGGUGUCCCUGAUGGGAUCUGCUGGAUGCUGGACAAAGUGAAGCGGAACGCACUUCGGCGACCUCCUCAUCGGAGAGAUUCACUAUGACAUCAAACAUUGGGGUUUUGAUAAGCACUCUGUGAUGCAAUUAUUUAUUCCUUCCUUAAAAAAUCGAGAAAUGGCUUGCAUCAGUAUACGCAUAUAUAAUAUACAUUUACCAUGUAAAUAGAAUAUAGACACAUCUGGGUGGAGUAAUACAUAUAUAAAAUUAAGGUUGUAGCGAACCGUCUGUUUCAUCAUCGAUCACAUACUUUGACCUUAGUGACCGAAGCCUUUCUCUGGCUCGUUGGCUGAGUUGGAUGGACCUGCGAAAUAAGCGAAACGCAUUGGUCAAUUUCAUCGGUGUGGUUUGCUAAUAUCAGUUGCUG